CCAGCGCGAGACAGCGGUAGACGGGCUGCUGUCACGUUGCGCACACGCCUCGCAUGGCGCUUCUGUCGAGUCGCGCGACGGCCACGGCGCGUCUCGCCUGAGUGUUCGUACGUCACAGGCUGGAAUGUAGUGUAGCGUUCGCAGCCGGCUCCACACAGUCAACAUGAAGUUCCCUUUGUCGUCAUUCGUUCUGCAACUAGCCGCUGUUUAUCUCUCUUGCUUUGGUGCGGUUACACGAGGACGGGCGUUCAUCUCAGAGCAACAGGUUUCCACAUUGCCGCUCACUGGAGCCCAGGAGCGCCCGUUUAUGACCCUCUACAACAACACCGCUGGAGCAGCUUCUGUUGGCCACGAUUACCACAGUGAGGCAACAGACACAAGUGAUGGAACGCCAGAGGACCUCGAACGGACGCCGACAUUCUACGAUCGCGCCUCUAGCAUCGAACACGAGGACUCCCUGUCGAAGUCUGGUCUGCACAACAGCCAGGAGACAAUUGGCACAGAUCCUCUACACACGUCCAGUGCGACUGCAAAAGCGGCCACAUUGCACCGACGAAUAGAACGCGAUGCGCAGAAACCGUGGCUGCCAGACGACGAGGGCAGCGGCUUCAGCUCUGAAACAGAACUCGACGACGAAGACCUAUUCCUGCAGCAGCGCAGGGCUGCGCGCCGAGGGCGCAAGGGAGGGCGGACGCCAGGGCGACGCAAGAACGUCGAUUGGCUACAGCUACAAGGAGUAACGAGUCACCACAUCGAACAGAAGUCUGACCACAGCCGCCCGCAGGCCGCUGGCAAGAACGAGCUGCCCAGCUCGGAGCAGACUCUCCGGAAUGGCGACCCCACCAGGAGGCCGCAGCACACGGGCGCGGCCAAGAGGCGCCCCAAGAAGAGGCACCGCACGAAAACCACCAAGCAUGCCCCGAGCAGGCAGCUGCCUGACACAAAGCCUGUGAGCAGCAGCAGCAGCAGUAACAGCGCGGGCCAUGGCUCGCAGCAACACCACCGCCAGCAGCAGCAACAACAACAACCAGAGCAGGGACAGCCCCUGCAGACACACAGAACCGCGCCAGCCCAGCCUCCGCCGCGCAAGUUCGGCGGCGGCGACAUGUCUCUCGAGAGUCGCAUACGGGCGCUGAAGAAGAUCGCGAGCGGGUCCCAGGAGGACGAGCUGACAGCGGCGCAUUCACCGGAGCUGCCUGCUUUCUACUCUGGCGACAGCCCCGGAUGGAGCGCGCGGGACGAGUGGGCAUCCGGCUGGGACCAGCGCCUGUGGCACGUCCUGGGCAGCGGCAGCGGUUCGCAGCCCUACGGGGACCCAGGCAGGCCGGACAGCGGCCUAGUUCCGCCCCCACCAAUGCCUGCUACGCCGCCGCCCACGCCGCCGCCGCCUCCCUGUCGCAGCACGUCCGCCACGCCGGUCACCGCAGCAGGCGCCGCCCACAACCCGCCGCCCACUCAGAGCCGACACUUCGCGUACCACAGAGUAACCGAGGCGCAGUCCGUGGCCGCCGCCAGCCACCACCAGGAGGCGUUCGUCGCCGUGUCCAUGGUGGAGCUGCCUGGCAACCACUCGCGGAACCACUCCAACAAAAACGAUGACCAGACGCAGCAGCAGCAGCACCAGCACGUCUCACCCGAGAACUUGAGCACGAGAACAGCGAGAUGGGAGACGCCAGACACGACCACGGCCUCCUCGUUCUUCCCUGUGGCGGUUGAGGACGGCGAUAUCAGCCUGAGCAGUGACUACUGGGACAGCGGUGGCUUGGAAGCGCUGCCCACGUGGUUCCGUCUCAGACAUCGUGGCAGGAACCACUUCCGAAAGGGCGCUAUGGAGGCACUGAUGAACCGCCACCGGGAGGAGCAAUGGCUACGAAGACGCUUUGGCCUGCCCCCGGAGAGUCCUCAUCAGCAGUUCGCAGGGUAGCCUGGUGACAAGUCUUUUUCUGGUCGCCGCAUCGACGUUCCAGCACCAAAGGCGCGAGAGUACUGUUUACUGUCAGGGUGCAUGCUUCGUGUCGAGGACUAUUUGGAAAUUAGGGCCGCGAAUGUUACUAAGAGACUGGCAACGGCCUAAGUUCAAUAUUCUCUCGGUGUUGUCUUGUCAGUAAAUCAAAGACAAUAUUAUGUCUGUAUGUCAAUGAAACCGGACGAAUUUCUUAACUCGUCUGUUUCGAGCUCGCUUGACUGAGUAUCCACAGUCUCUAUAUGUUAUUUGUAACUGAAUAAGACAUAGUAAAUUCUACUCCUAAUUUAACAUAACUGAUUAUUUGCUGUUACAUGCAUAUCUUGGAGACAGGAAGUGCUAGUGAACUUGGAGAAUGGUACAGAAGUCACUUAUUAUACCCAGUUUUUGUAUAUUUGUUACUCGAAUUUUGAUGUACCAAAGUAAUGUGGCCCAGUAGUUUGAUCACAUGAAUGAUGUACUCGGAAUGUUUCGGUUUUAAAACUCAAGACCUUGGAGAGCUGUAUUAGACUAACACCUACAUUCUGCAAAGCACUGUGAAAUGCAUGCGAGUAUUGAUUUAAUAUGUUUCCUUCUGUUCCACUUACGGACAGGUAGUGGGGAAAACGCGCAACAACCUGAGUGUCUAAUUUUAUUUUUAUAAUCUUCGCGAAUGUGGUAUGUAGGAACACAAGACUAUUUAUAAAUUCGACCACGAAAAUGGAUUGCGACUAUUUUCUACCAAGAUUUGUGCUAGAAAAUGACUACCACAGAUCUCUUGAAUCAUUUAUCUCGCAAUACUGUUUGUAUGAAACUAUUUUUAAUAAACCGGAACUGCACUGUGUAAAGAGAGCAGAAAUAUACGGCUUCUUAGAUUAGCAACCGUUCGGAAGAAACUGCAUUGUGAGUGGAUCGAUUUGGGAAUUCUCACAUAGUCAUCCCAGGGGAAAACAAUAACGCUGACAUUUAUACUGUGGUGUCAGAACCAUCUAUGUACACAAAUGGAAUGCCAACGUAGCAAGUUAAAAUAUGAGAUACAGCAAGUGUAUCAUAGGCGUGAAAUUGUGAUUGUGUACCAAUGUAAUAGUAAAGUGUCAAUAAUCUGGAUCCCUUGAUCUCUUCAGAAGCCAUUUCACUCCUAGGUUUUCGGUUGAGUUUCGCCCUUAGUACACAGGUUUUAGGAUGUACUAAUACCAAAGUCAUAGUCUAGUGUCACUGGAUGAAAAGUCGAGACGAGACGAAACACUCUGAUGCAGAACGAGGCAAAAAAAAAAAAAAAAAAAACAAAA